GAGGAGGAUGCGUCCAGAUUCAUUCCGAACCCCCAAAGUAGCCAAAAAAAGGCAAAACCCCAAAUGAGAUGCCUUGAAAACAGGGCGCAUGGUUGGCCAUUUCCUCUUCCAUUUAACCCUUCCCUCCCAAACCUCCGACAUCUUAUUCUUCUUUCAGGCAAAUAAUCAAACACCUGUCAGUGCGCUCAGUAGGACAGAACAGAUAAGUAGAUGUCUACUUUGAACAAUUCAACAAAUGUAUUUUGGCAAGAAUGUCAGAUUGGGAAGGUCGAUAGGCAGAAACUACUGAAUCAAAAGGGAUGUGUUGUAUGGAUUACUGGUCUCAGUGGCUCAGGGAAAAGUACACUGGCAUGCGCAUUAAGUAGAGAACUACACUCUAGGGGAAAGUUGUCAUAUGUCCUUGAUGGAGAUAACCUUAGGCAUGGUCUGAACAAGGAUCUUGGUUUCAAAGCCGAAGACCGGGCUGAAAAUAUACGCAGAGUUGGGGAGGUAGCAAAACUCUUUGCAGAUGCGGGAUUGAUUUGUAUUGCUAGCCUCAUAUCUCCUUAUAGGAAAGAACGAGAUGCUUGCCGUGCAAUGUUAUCUGAUGCAAACUUUAUUGAGGUUUUCAUGAACAUGCCCCUAGAAUUAUGUGAGUCAAGAGAUGCAAAAGGCCUUUACAAGCUUGCACGUGCUGGAAAAGUUAAGGGUUUUACUGGAAUAGAUGACCCUUACGAGCCACCAGAGAAAUGCGAGAUAGAAAUAGAACAAAAAAAUGGAGUUUGCCCCAUGCCUGCAGCCAUGGCAGGCCAAGUAGUGUCCUACUUGGAGGUGAAAGGAUUUCUUCAGGUUCAGUGACUUGCGUCUGUUCAACUUACCCGUUGCAUACCUGGCAAUGCGUCGCUUUGGAGUUAAGGAUUUUAUUAAGGUAUGAUUGGUUGGAUCAACCUGGCUGGCACUAAGACGGCCCCGACAAGCUUUUGGUACUGCUUGCUAGGAAUGAGUACAUAUUUUUGGCUAAUAUAUUUUGUUUAUAAGACUAAUAGAUAAUACAGUUUUGAAUUAGCAAAACAUUUAUGUGGCUAAUUCUGAUAAUUAUAAUGGUAUCAAAGUUCCAUUUCCAUGUUGGAGAUUUUCAUA